CGCCAGCCCACGGAUAGUGCAUGACUGCAUGACGCGGACGAUGCAAACCGCUCUUCGAAGAAGACCUCGUAGUUUGUCCGUAAGGAUAGAGUAGCUGGUGCACCGGAAUUGCUGGAAUGAGAGAAUAAGAGAGAAUUGAAGGCUACAAUAUUGUACGCGGCCUAUUGUUCCGUUACCUCUAGUAACUCCCAGUACAUCUGUGUGAUGCGACGGGGGAGGCAGAACGCGCCGAAGCAGGGCAUUUGUAUUGAAAAUUGAAGCUAAAGGAGAAUAUAUAAAAACUGCUUACUCAGCAUAGAGCACUCGCUCGAGGCACGAAAUGGAUGUUUGUUUUGUGGUACACUUUCGACCUCACGCCUGCUGCCUUACCUAACCAUUACAAUCCUCACUCGUACUCAACCAUGGCGGACACAGAGAUGGAACUCGACGGUAGCCCGCCUUCCUCUCCCGAUGCCGCGCGGAAGAAUGGCAGCAGCGCCAUGAACAAUAGCACCACCGCCGCCAAUGCAGUUGCGGUCCGUAGUAUCGAAGGCUGGAUCAUCAUCGCGACCAACGUCCACGAGGAAGCGAGCGAAGAGGACAUUCAAGACAUGUUUGGCGAAUAUGGCGAGAUCAAGAACUUGCAUAUGAACCUGGACCGCAGGACAGGAUACGUGAAAGGCUACGUGUUGAUAGAGUACCCGACGCUCACCGAGGCGAAAGCGGCGAUAGAAGGCGCGAACGGCGAGAAGUUGCUGGACCAGACCAUUAGCGUGGACUUCGCGUUUGUGCGACCGCCGCCGAGCAAAACGCCCGGUGGGAAGGGUGGCGCGCCAAGGAAGAGUGGUGGGAGGCAACGUAGUAUGAGUCCAGAUAGGCGGAAGCGGGAGGAAGACGAUGAGGAGGAUGAGGGUGAAUGAACGCACCCAUCGGAAGCUUCAAUUGGCUAUGAAAUACUGUUAUAUCGAGGCUGCCAUUGGUAAAAGGACGCCCGACAGUUGUAGGUUUGUGGAAAGGCCGCUGGACAUGCAAUGACAGGCAGAAGGAAGAAGUAACGGGCCGGCUGUUGUCGGCAGUGUGUUGAGACAGGUCGAGAGAAAGAGAAUGCAUAAGCCAACCCCAAUGCGCUGCUACUGCCACCUUUGGCGCAAGGAUCUUCUACCAGUCCACCCUCUCUC